AUGAAUAUUACUGGGUUUAACCAAACUGAUGGGUGUCUUCCUUAUGCCUGUCCAGAGAGAUCUGUAUCUACUGCAGUUUAUGUGUUACUGUAUAUCUGUGCUGCUGCUGUAGUUCUGCUAACAGUGUUUGGAAAUCUGCUCAUCAUUAUCUCUGUUUGUCACUUCAAGCAGCUCCACACUCCAACUAACAUGCUCAUCCUCUCUCUGGCUGUGUCAGACUUUCUGGUUGGAGCUUUUGUGACUCCAAUAGUAUUAAUCUGGACGAUUGAAUCGUGUUGGAUUUUUAAGAGGGUUUAUUGCAUGUUUUUUCUCUCAGGUGCUUAUUUUCUUACAAGCAUGUCUAUAUAUAGCAUCGCUCUGAUUGCUGCUGAUCGUUAUUUUGCUCUUUCUAAUCCAUUUUUCUACACUGAAGCAGUCUCUGUGAACACAAUGUGUGUUGUGGUUUUAUGUGAAUGGCUUAUUCUGCUUUCAUAUAUUUUAGCACUCCUGUACUUAAACUUCCCCUAUGUAAAUUUUAUAAAGUGUCCUGGAGACUGCUUUUUAUUAUUAGAUGAGAUCUGGUCUUUAGUUGAUCUUGUGGUAACAUUUGUCUUUCCUUUUACUGUUAUAAUUGUACUGUAUGUUCUCAUUUUUAUUAUUGCCAAAAAACAUGCCACUGCUAUCAGAGAGCUUAAUGCUCAAACACGGACUCAGACAUCAGGAAAUACAUCAGAGUCAGUAUCAGAGAGAAAAGCAGCGAGAGCUGUCAGUAUUUUAAUAUUUGUGUUUAUGGCUUGUUUAUUUCCUUAUUUCAUGUACACAUUGUUAGGAAGUGUAGUUAAAAUGGAAUUUGAAUCUUUUCGGAAUGUCUUGAUCCUGCUUUAUCUAAACUCUGCUAUUAAUCCAAUUAUUUAUGCUUUGUUUUACCCAUGGUUUAGGAAAUGUGUUAAACUAAUUCUCACUUUUCAAAUAUUCAAAACAGAUUCUGCACUGAUAAACAUUCUCUGAAAAGAAAAAAAGCUAUUUGUACUCUAAGUAUUGACUCUAAAGGAGAAAACAAGUAUGAAAAAAAAAAACAAUUCUUAUUGCUUUGGGCCCUGUAUUCUCAGGUUCAAUUCCAAAAAUGCCAAUUUUAAUUUAAUUUUAUAUAUAUAUGAUAUAAAUCUAAACGUAUAUCAAGUAGCAUUGCAAUGUUAAUUUCUUUGCUGGAAAUCAUAUACAGCCCAAGACUUUUCACAGACAAACAACCUUUUGUCUUUUAUAAAUGUUUCUAAAACCUUUAUAAACAUCUCUGCCUGCACCACCUAUAGAGAUCUAUAAAUGCUAAGCAGCUCUUCUAUACCCUUCUACAUGUAGAAACAAACAUGCUGCGUAACUGGUUGUCCAGUUAUAUACAAGUUACUCAUAACAUGGAAGGGCUAUGUGCAAAACGAGCUCAAGUAUUUUUUUUUUUUCACGGUUUAUGAAGUAUAAUAAAAUGUAUGUACAUAACCAAGAAAGCAACUUUUAAGCAGA